GUGGUCACAGGGAGAAAACUUACACAACAGAGGCGGGAAAGGUCGAAGAGAGUGAAGAAGUCCUGCAGUCUGCUCCCGAAAGUCGAGAUAAUUUUUUUUAAACAGAUUCGGAAAUGCCCCCUACAAAUCGAGCUGAUAUUGAUGAGGAAUUCUCCAAUGAUAGCAAAGCCAGUUCAGAGAGUUCAACGAGCACCUUGAGCCUUUCUCCAGCCAGGCCAGAAGGUUCACCUGAGAUGCCUGAUGAAAAGGCUCAUGGGCUGUCUCGCACGGCUUCUCCUAACUCGGAAUCCAAAAGUGGUGUGGAUAAUGUGCUGACCACAGAUAUUAUUGCUGAAGAAGAAAAGUUAGAAUUAGCCAACGAUGAGCAGGAAAAGGCCUGGCGCAAGGAAGUACAAGACAGGGCAAAGGAAGAGGAAGAAUUAAAGGAAAAGAGGUACAAGAGACUGAUGCAUUUGCUCAAUAAGUCUCAAUUUUAUAGCCAGUUCCUCCUUCAGCAAAUUGAAAGCCAAGAUACCAAACAAAAGAAGGGAAGAAAACCCAAGGCUGAAACUAGUACAGAAAAAGAGAAUGUUAGCACUGAAGCAGAGAGCUCCCAGGAUUCAGAGAAGAGUGGUUCAAGCAGAGGCCGCAAACGCAAGAACAAUUCAAGUGCGCCAGCUGCUAAAAGAGUCAAGGAUGGAAAGUACAAGAUUGAAGAUGUCAUAGAUAAAGAGACAGUGGAAACGAAAGUUGAAGCUGGUGUUUAUUCCGAGGAAGAUGAAGUGGUCGAGCAGCUGGACCAACCGCGACUCUUUGAGAAUGGAACUAUGAGGUCCUAUCAGCUCGAUGGAUUUUCGUGGCUCAGGGUACUUUAUGAAAAUGGUGUCAAUGGAAUCUUGGGCGAUGAGAUGGGUCUUGGCAAAACCAUCCAGUCCAUUGCUCUUCUGUGCCACCUUAUAGACAGAGGUGUGCAGGGUCCUUUCCUUGUGGUUGCACCUCUGUCUACACUACCAAAUUGGAUGUCGGAAUUUGAAAGAUUUGCGCCAAAGGUACCUACUGUGUUGUAUCAUGGCUCCGAUGCUGUCAGGACAGAGAAAAGGAGAAUGUUCCAGAAAUUGUUACCAGUGGAAGGAACCUCAGUACAAGUCUUUCCUGUUGUUAUUACAUCCUAUGAGGUAGUGAUCCGUGAUACGCGGUUCCUUUCGAGGUAUUACUGGCGCUACAUAUGUGUAGAUGAAGGACACAGGAUAAAGAACCACAAUUGCAGACUUACUAAGUCACUGAACACAUUCCCAUCAGCAAACCGUCUCCUCCUGACUGGUACACCUUUGCAAAAUAACCUUGCAGAGCUUUGGUCUCUGUUGAAUUUCCUCAUGCCUGAGAUCUUUGACUCUCUGGAUGUCUUUGAGUCCUGGUUUGAUGUAACAGAGAUGAUGGAGGAUGGCAGUGACGAGAAGAUCAUCCAGCAGGAGAGAGAGAAGCAGGUCAUAGGAACACUCCAAAAGAUUCUCAGUCCCUUUUUCCUGCGACGCAUGAAGAAAGAUGUCAAUCUUGAGAUUCCACCUAAGAAAGAAUUACUGGUAUACACUCCCAUGACCCCCCUGCAGCUGAAGCUUUAUGAGGCUACCCUGACUUUGGACUAUGCUGUCUUUGAUAACAUGAAGAAAGUGGAUGAGAAAGUGGAAUAUGAUAACAAGGGAAGACCAAAACGCAAAUCCAAAAAGGACAUAGACUACUCCGCACUGCUCGAUGAAAGUGAAUCUCCUAAAUCCCUAGACAGGUUUCUAGAUGCUGUGAUGACGAUGCAAGAAAGAGCAAAUGAGGAAGCUACAGUUAAGAAGACAUCUGCAGUCAAUAUCAAGCUAACAAACAGAAUGAUGCAGUGUCGUAAAAUAGUGAACCAUCCAUACCUUAUCAACUACCCUCUAACAAAAGAUGGAGAGUACAUGAUUGACGAAGGCCUGCUGGAGUCCUGUGGGAAACUGCAAGUACUUGACCAACUGCUGGGAGAAUUGUACAAGCGCAAACACAGAGUGCUCAUUUUCUCCCAAAUGACCAUGAUGCUUGAUAUCCUUGAGGAUUACCUCUCCCUUAGGCCCAAGUACAAUUAUAAGCGCCUUGAUGGAAGCAGAUCAUUAGAUACUCGGCAAAAUGACAUCAAAGAAUACAACAGCAAAGACUCAAACAGCUUUAUAUUCUUAUUAAGCACAAGGGCUGGUGGUUUAGGUAUUAAUUUAGCCUCUGCUGAUACAGUCAUCAUAUAUGACUCGGAUUGGAACCCACAAGCUGACCUGCAGGCACAGGAUCGAUGCCACAGAAUUGGACAGACUCGACCAGUGCUGAUCCUUCGACUCAUUACUGCAUCUACCAUCGACGAGAGGAUUGUAGAGCGUGCUGCCACCAAGCGCAAGUUGGAGAAGCUCAUCAUCCAGUCAGGAAAAUUCAAAGCUUCGAAACAGAAAGACAGGUUCUUGGAUAAAGUCAUGGAUCCCAAUGAGCUUGUUACUCUCCUUAGCCAGAGAGAUCAUGAAAGGAUCCAUCGCACUAACACAGGCCAUGUGUUUACAAAGGAAGAACUGAAUCAGUUACUAGACAGAAGUGACCUGAUUCAGAAGAGAGAAGGAAAGGAGCUACCUGAAAAAGACCUAACUGGUGUCUUCAAGGUUAUUAAUGUUGGAGAGAAUGAAUAACUAGUGAAAGCGUACUUGAAGUUAAGAAAAGUGGUCUGGUUCUUUAUGUUGGUUGCGAUAUCACACUGAAGUCAUUGUAUAGGUUCAUGUUUGUUUGAUGAUGUAAAUACAAAUCUGUCCUUGAAAUAAUCAUUAGAUUUUUUUUCUAUGUAAACUGAAAAGAGGGCUAAGCCUUUUUCUUUUUUUCAAGUUCUGUAACUAGGUUGUAAAUAUUAUUUUAAAAAUUGUUGACUUUUCAUAGAAAACUUUUUAUUGUUCAUUAUCAACCCAGUGGAAAAUUUGUGCCAUUUUAGAGGCAUACUUGGUUACCUAUGAAACCAUAGUAAAGGUAAUGAUUCUUUACAACAGCAAAGAUUCCUUUAUUUAUAAGCUGUACUAUUACUUUGUGGCUCGUAUACAUUCUCAGGCUUCCUGUCAGAUUUUCAAAGCAUAAUCUGAUAGUUCAGCUUAAGCAUGUAUAGGGUGCCCAUUCAAACCCACUUGAACCAUAUGUUUGCUUGAUGGAAUAAAUCCUGGUAGUCUGAACAGCCCACACAUGCUCAAUUCUAUAAAUCUGACUUUUUUGCUUUGGCUACUGCACAGGAUGCUGGAUCAUGUGUGGAGGCGUUUAGACUUUCACUCUCUUCAGUAAUGUCAAGAUUGCUCUUUUAUAUAGAAGAGGUAUGAAUGAGAAUGAAUAUCUUCACAAUACAAGAGAUGUAUUAAAUACAUCUCUUGUAUUGUAAAGAUAUUCAUUCUCAUUCAUACCUUUUCUACAUUUGUCAACAUGAAUACGGUUCAUUGCUCUCUUAGUAAGAUACUUUAAUAAGUUUUAUUAAUAGGUCUCUAUGGGCAUUCUUGAGGUAACUGCAGAUGAGAGAGAAUAUCUUUGUUUAAGAUAAAAGAUAUUUCUGCAAGAUAUUGGUAUUUGCACUGAUGUUGAUAGAUUAUUUUAGUUUAGGAGUUCAAGCCAUGAUUUUUAAAAAUUCCAGUUUAAAGUUAGAAGUAACUUGAGGGUAUUUACAGCUUCUCAGUAUAUAAAGGAACCUUCGCUUAAAAUUAAGUUUGUCUUGUAGGAAAACAGCACAAAGCAAAAGAAUUGGAAAAGAUUUCAUUCUAUUAGUUUGGAGCCACUGUUUGCCAAAGAUCUGUUUUAUUUUUCUGUCAGUAUAAUUGUAUUUAUGGCUUUUUAUGUCGUAUAUUGCAUUUUUUUGUGAAAAAAACAGAACAACUGUCAUGCUCCAGUGUUUCGUAUAUAUUUAUAUUUUUCUACUGCUUUUGUUUUUGUACUUCUCGUGAAAUUUAAUAAAAUUGAAUAUGUAA